UUUUGUUAUCAAUCAUAAGAAAUAUGGAUGGCAUAACUGAAUAAACUUCCUCUUUCAGGUUCAGCAUGAGGCCUUGUGAAGAACUGAACAAGCAAAGGUAGUUAUUCAAAAACAAUCAUUAUUGUUCCAGUCCAGGUAUUGUUCAAAAGAUUACUUGAACAACAACCUCCUCAGAUUACCAGAACAGGAACAAGAAACAGCUACAGCAUAGCACCUGGAAUACCAGAACACAUACGGAGCAUAGCACCAGACCAAGGUGCCCAGAAUUAUGCCAAUCUAGUCAGAAUCACUUGAAGGAUCUUACUGCAACAGUGCUGACUUGGCUGUAACGUUUGAGCGAUAGCAUGGCUGACCCUUACCAGAACAAUGUGUACCACCAAGGAGGAGGUGACCCCUAUGGCACCUAUGGAGAGGGAGGAGGCCAGGAGGGCUACGGUUACCAGGGCGAGUCCUACCCUCAGGAGGAGGAUGCAGCCAGCGAUGCCACGGAGGGCCAUGAUGAUGAGGACCAGAUGUACGAGGGGGAGUACCAGGGGAUCCCCCACCCUGACGAGGUGAAGGCGGCCCAGAGGGCAGCGAGGGCCAAGGCCAGGCAGGCUCAGGCAGGGGCCACAGAGCUGGAUGAGCUGGCUGAGCAGUAUGAGGACAUCAUGGAGGACUGUGGACAUGGACGGUUCCAGUGGACCCUGUUUAUAGUGCUGGGCCUGGCCCUCAUGGCUGACGGGGUGGAGUGCUUUGUGGUGGGGUUCGUGCUGCCCAGCGCUGAGAAGGACAUGUGCUUAUCCAAUGGAGAGAAAGGCAUGCUAGGUGAGUCAUGGCUAAAUGCCAAUCCUUGUUGGAAGACAUACAACCCAUAUUAACACUUGUCUUGUACAAUGUCUGGGGCAAUUGAUUCUGGAAAAAAGGCAUAAGAGGCUGAAUUAAGAGUCUGAAUUGUAAUGGGAAAAUAAUAAUGUUAUAUCUUCAAAAAAUCUUAAAGUUCUGAUACCAAAUGAAAUAAUCGAUCAGAGGACAUUCUGUGGAUAUCAGUGCAGACUGUGUAAAAUCAAAGCUAAGUUGUGGAUUGUAUUGGGGACAGUUCCAGCCAAUAGCAGCCUUGCUGUCAAUAUUAGCCGGCAGGUACUUAAGGGCUCCGUAAAUUAGAAAUGUUCUCAAAUACGCUAAUGGCACAGUUGAUUUCAAGAUGAAUCUGGAUGCUUUUCAUGCUCUACUUUAUUUCAAUAUAUUCCUGCUUAGUGAAGCAGGGGGGAAAUUGAUUAUCCGUUUCUCCACAGCAAAUAACAUGAGUUUUGGCAUCCGGAGCAAUCUGCAGCAUGCCACCAAUCACACUGAUUGAGACCAUGCAGUAUUUUGUAGGCCCAUGUCUAGUGCAGUGGUGGAUUUGAAAUUCAGAGACAGACACCACAAGAUAAGUCCUUCACUUUGAAACCUGCGGAAGCUGUCCAAGGAGACAAGUAUCUGGGAUGAGAGGGCAGAUUUUCUCCCUCUCCCCAGCCUUCCCAGCCUCGGCGGCCCAGCAGCCCAGCAGGCUGUACUGGUUGGUAGUACUGAGUCAGCAGGUGGCUGAGGAGAGGAGAUCAAUAGCCACUCUACUGACCUUGUGUCUUGGAUACAUACUGUUCGCCUGCUGCUUCACUUCCCUUUGGCUAACUACACUGUGAUAAACACAAUCACGAGCAACUUUUAUUCACUACACUGUAUAUUCUGUAGCCCUCAGAUCUCAGACUGACUCACAUGCACAAAGUAAUUGCCCUUCUGGAAUAAAUAAUGUUUUUUUAAUUGAAUGGAAUUGAAUUGAAUGGGUAGGGUGGAGUCAUGGAACAUUUAGGUACUCAGAGAAUACAGGAUAUGCUGGAUCAUACACUGAACAAAAAUAUGAACUCAACAUGUAAAGUGUUGGUCCCAUGUUUCAUGAGCUGAAAUAAAAGAUCCAAGAAAUGUUCCAUACUCACAAAAAGCUAAUUUCUAUCACAUUUUGUGCACAAAUUUGUUUACAUCCCUGUUAGUGAGCAUUUCUCUUUUGCCAAGAUAAUCCAUCCAACUGACAGGUGUGGCAUAUCAAGAAGAUGAUUAAACAGCAUGAUCAUUACACAGGUGCACCUUGUGCUGGGAACAAUAAAAGACCACUCUAGAAUGUGCAGUUUUGUCACACAACAUAAUGCCACAGAUGUCUCAAGUUUUGAGGGAGCGUGCAAUUGGCAUGCUCACUGCAGGAAUGUCCACCAGAGCUGUUGCCAGAUAAUUUAAUGCUAAUCUCUCUACCAUAAGCCUCCUCCAACGUCGUUUUAGAGAAUUUGGCAGUACAUCCAACCGGUCUCCAUGUGUAUGGAGUGUGGGUGAGCGGUUUGCUGAUGUCAAUGUUAUGAACAGAGUGCCCCAUGGUGGCGGUGGGGUUAUGAUAUGGGCAGGCAUUGCUACGGACAACGAACAAAAUUGCAUUUUAUCGAUGGCAGUUUGAAUGCAGAGAUACCAUGACGAGAUCCUGAGGCCCAUUGUCGUGCCAUUCAUCCGCCGCCAUCACCUCAUGUUUCAGCAUGAUAAUGCACGUCCCCAUGUCGCAGGGAUCUGUACACAAUUCCUGGGAGCUGAAAAUGUCCCAGUUCUUCCAUGGCCUGCAUACUCACCGUGUGCGACAGCGUGUUCCAGUUCCCACCAAUAUCCAGCAACUUUAUACAGCCAUUGAAGAGGAUUGGGACAACAUUCCACAGGCCACAAUCAACAGCCUGAUCAACUCUAUGUGAAGGAGAUGUGUCGCGCAGCAUGAGGCAAAUGGUGGUAACACCAGAUACUGACUGGUUUUCUGAUCCACACCCCUACCUUUUUUUUAAGGUAUCUGUGACCAACAGAUGCAUAUCUCUAUUCCCAGUCAUGUGAAAUCCAUAGAAUAGGGCCAAAUGUAUUUAUUUCAAUUGACUGAUUUCCUUAUAUGAACUGUAACUCAGUAAAACCUUAGAAAUUUUUGCAUGUUGCGUUUAUAUUUUUUUCAGUAUAUUUAUCUCGUGUAACAUCUCCUUUUAAAAGGAACAAGUUAGCAGCUUUUCUGUUUUUUCUGAGUCAGGCAGCCUAUUAGUUAUUCACUAUCUCAUCUUGCUCUUUACAGUAAUUGAAUCUACAUUUUACCAAUGCCCCUGAAAAUGUUUCAGUCCAAAUGUACAGAAUAAACUCCAGUUUAUCUCAAGGGUUUAGAUUUUGACUUCCUAACCAUAAUCAAUCAGUUUCAAUGGGACUACUGAAAUAUGAGAUGCCUCUAAUUCACACUUUCACUGUGAUCACCACUGCAUACAUUCUGACUCAAUGGAUGUAAGCUGUCCAAUCAGAAGGCAGAGUGGCAGUAGUGUCACUGUUCUACAGGGAGAGUAGGGUGGGGGAUUGGUCCUCAUCUCCAUAUGUUUAUCCGGUGACGGCAGGCCAGAGUCUUCGCUCUCACACCAGUCAUCACCCACAGCCCCCAUGGCAGUACCAUCUGCAGUGACAUCGUGCCACCAUGCCAGGCGCUGGCACUUGGCACAGGCUGCUGGUGGUAAAAUGUGUUAUUUUGGGGAGAUUCUUCCCUAGUGAUAGGGUUGGAUUGAUGGGCUACAGGUAAGCUGAGUAAUGCUUUAGAUGUACAUAUACAGUGCAUAGAAAAGUGACACACAUAAGUGCUCUCAUCUGCAAUAGACAAGCAGGCCGCUGAUGCACAGUACUAGAAUGGCCACAUAACUUAUAUCUACUUAUCUGGGGCUUAAAUUAAUAGGCUUUAUCACCCAAGGUUAGAAAAGACUGUACUUUCUGAGGCAGAAACACAGCCACCUUCAUGAUUCUAUCGAAUGUCAGCAUUUAGAGUACUUAAACAAAAAUCACUUCUUUUUUUUCAUACUUUAUGCAAGCAUUCAUUAUAUGCUAAAAAUAGGUGUUCCAGUUCAGCUUUGAGAGAUGGACAAAGGCACACGUUAAAUACUGUUAUGUUUCUUUCGAGACACCCUGCUGACAGGUAAAAGCACUAAAAGCGGUAUGACAUCCAAAUAGGAUACCUGUUGUUAAGACUUCACAAAAGACCAUUCAAGGCUAUUCAAUUUGACCAAAAAUACAUUUUGUCUGUCGUUACCUUAGAAACACGAUUUUACCUCUCUGACCUAGCCUUGAGAAUGAGUCAGAAUGCAGAGUACAAAUAGAUAUAUACACAUGCACAACUAUUCCAAAAAUGUUUAUAUUAGUGUUUUUGGUAUUAUCAAUUAAAAUAUAUUGUAUUACACAGAGAUUUCUCAAUACUGCCCAUAGGAUAUUCCCCUCCAGUGCCUGUCUCUCAGUAGUGAUGUACAAGCCUGUCCCCUGGUGGACAACAUCAAAAGUGGCGCCCAUGUCCAGAUAUCCCGUUUCAGCAUUGCUGCUGAGGCUGUGGUAGUAGUUGAGCAUUCAAAAACAACUCUGUAUAUUGUAUGUCAUCAAAAGUGUUUCCCUAAAAUACAGUUCUGUGAUCCAUAAAAGCACACCAGAAUGUAUGGUCACCUCAAGUAUGUUGAGUGCAAUCUACCACUUUAUUCACUGAGUUCAAAUCACUAGAUACAUGUCUGCUAGUGAACUGUACCUGUGCUGGCUGCUGACUGUGUCUUGCCUCUCUCUCUCCUGCAGGUUUGAUAGUGUUCCUGGGAAUGAUGGUUGGGGCGUUCAUCUGGGGAGGCAUGGCAGACAAACUGGGCCGCCGGAGGUGUCUGAUCUGGGCACUCACCAUCAACUGUGUCUUCGCCUUCCUCUCCUCCUUCGCCCAGGGAUACGGCUUCUUUCUCUUCUUUAGGCUCAUCUCCGGCAUCGGGUAAAAAAGACCCCCGUCUAUAGAGAGAGAGGAAACAAGGGAUGAGUUUCUAAUUGAAGGAAUUAGGGUUGUGACUGGGAUGCUAUAGUACAUGUGAACAUGAUCCUCUCUACCUGAUAAAAUAUAUGUUGUACAAUGUAACGGUAACAAAGCCACAGCCUCUGAAGAAGCUACAUGGAUGAAGCAGUAGUUACUGUAGGACUUGUGCUAGAUUACACUUCCUCCCAGGUCAGCACAUUCAGAGCGCCUCUCCUCCUCCACCUACAACAAUGCAGCAUUGUGCUGUCUCAGAAUAGUGUUGUUCCACAGGGAUGUAAGCAAGCUACGCAUACUGACUCUAGAAUCAGGUCAAAGCGUAUGCAAAAACAUUGUGUUGUGUGUAAAGAAAACCUCAGCUGGAGGAGCAUGGUGUAUUAGGCUGUUGUGUAUCCAUGCAUGUUUGGAUAUUAGUGGAAUCUCAAACUACUGACCUCAAACUACUGACCUUUGUGAAAAUUACCUGCUUACAAAAAUACUAUUCUCCUGCAUUUAUUUCAAAGACUAUAUGAAGCUCUGAAAGGAGAUCAGUACCAGACCAGUAACUUGCUCCGUGAUCUGUGUUUAGAUACAUUUCAGUGUUGGACUCUUUAAAAAAACGAAAACAUAAUGUCAUAAUACUUGUGAAAUCAGGUCUCCCUCGAAAAAUCUGUUCUUCCUCGAAAAAUAGAUGAUUCACCUAGGGACUUCCUGGAUACAUAAAGGCAAAUCUCUUGUGUAAUCUACAAUCUAAAUCUCUCAGUGAGUUACUAAUCCUCUGUAUCUCCCUUCAGUAUCGGAGGUUCUGUCCCCAUUGUCUACUCCUACUUCUCAGAGUUCCUUCAGAUGGACAAGAGGGGGGAACACCUGAGCUGGCUGUGUAUGUUCUGGAUGGUGGGAGGCAUCUAUGCCUCCUUCACUGCCUGGGGCAUCAUCCCUCACUAUGGUACAGUACAAUACUGCACACUAAACACUUAACAGACAACCCUUAGGGGCCAUGACCUGGGAUUAAAAUCAUCCUCCUUGCUGACAAAAGCAAGUUCACCCAAGUACAGCUACAGCAGUCCCUGCAUUGGGUGUUAUGGAAACGUAACACGACUAAGCCAUAGUAGGUUGGUGGCACCUUAAUUGGGGAGGACGGCCUCGUGGUAAUGGCUGGAGCGGAAUGAGUGGAAUGAUAUCAAAUACAUCAAACACAUGGUUUCCAUGGUUUCCAUGUGUUUGAUGCCGUUCCAGUCACUAUGUUCUAGCCAUUAUUAUGAGCCGUCCUCCCUUCAGCAGCCUCCACUGGACUAAGCAUAUGUGUUGGGUUAAUUAACUGGCUGAUAGAUUUGUAAUCAUAAUAUUAGUCUGUAAACGCACCUAUAGACCCAGGGAGUGAUUUGGGUUAUGUUCCAGGUUCUAGAGUAGUCACAGAUAAUGGAUAAUGAUUGUGUCAAAUCAAAUCAAAUCAAAUUGUAUUGGUCACAUACACGUGUUUAGCAGAUGUUAUUGCGGGUGUAGCGAAAUGCUUGUGUUUCUAGCUCUGACAGUGCAGUAAUAUCUAACAAGUAAUAUCUAACACAAAUCUAAGUAAAGCAAAUGAAUUAAGAAUAUAUCAAUAAAUAUAUGGACGAGCAAUGUCAGAGCGGCAUAGACUAAGAUACAGUAGAAUAGUAUAGAAUACAGUAUAUACAUAUGAGAUGAGUAAUGCAAGAUAUGUAAACAUUAUUAAAGUGACUAGUGUUCCAUUUAUUAGAGUUCCAAUCUAUGUAUACAAUUGUGGCUGUGUUAUGUUCCAGGCUGGGGCUUCAGCAUGGGGACAGAGUUCCAGUUCCACAGCUGGAGGGUGUUUGUGCUGGUCUGUGCCCUGCCUGCCAUCACCUCCCUGGUGGGGCUCAUGUUCAUGCCUGAGAGCCCCAGGUUCCUCCUGGAGGUAAAAUCAAUUUUCUUAAGAUUAAGAUGAACAGUACAGGAAUGUAAUACUCGGGGCCUUUAACAUAUUGUGUUGAUCAAACAACAUUUUCAUACAAAACCCAAAACCGAUUUUGCAGAUGUAUUUGGUUUAAAAACACACACAAAAAACUGUGUGGACUAUAGUGAGGUUUUGACUUACAGUAUGUGGCUGUCUUUAUCAGAAUGCCAAACACGACGAGGCCUGGAUGAUCCUGAAAAAUGUCCAUGACACCAACUGGAGGGCAAAGGGCCAGCCUGAGAAGGUCUUCCAGGUGUGUGGAAACAACAUCACAGAUUAACACUAAAUAACAUGUGCUUGAAGGGCUCCUUUGCCAUUUUCAGAAUCACUGAAUAUAUUGAAACAAAGUGAGCAUCAUUUCAUUCCCCUCAGGUGACCCACAUCAAGGCUCCUAAGACCCAGGAGGAUGAGUUCAUUGAGAUCCAGAGUGCCACAGGGACAGCUAUACAGCGUUGGGCCGUCCGGACCCUCACUCUGUGCAAACUGGUAGGACCAAACAUUUUCAGAAAACAAACACAUUACUAAUGAGACCAACAAUAACACUAACAGGCUAUUAGUAUGUGAUGUGUCACUAUGCUGUGUUUUCAUUGCAGGUGCUGAAGAACAUUGCUUCUCUAUUGGGACCUGAGCUGAGACUAAGUACACUGUUCAUGGCCAUCAUCUGGUUCACAAUGGCCUUCAGGUAAAUAUAUGUACAAUAUAUUUGAUGCCAAACAGGCAAGAAUGUAUACCAUGUGCAGCUGAUUGUAAAUACCUGUAGAUACAGUCUCUGUCCCAAAUGGCACCAUAUUCCCCCCAUGGGCCCUGGUUAACAGCAGUACACUAUAGAGAAUAGGGUGCCAUUUGGGACACAAAAAUACUGAAUGUGUAUUUUAAUGUUGGUUGUCAAUGUUCUCUUUACUAUGGUCCAAAAACUCUGAUAUCAUCGUAUUUCAGUUACUAUGGACUGGGUGUGUGGUUCCCUGACAUGAUCAAAUACCUGCAGCAAGAGGAGUAUGAGUCCAAAGUCAAGGUGUUCCACAGAGAGAGAGUAGAACGCUUCCACUUCAACUUCUCCCUGGAGAAUCAGAUCCACAGAGAGGGAGAAUACAUCAAUGACAAGUAUGUCAUCUCCAUGCUCCACCUUCUGGCCCUUCUGAGUACUACACCACAGGAACACCUAGUAAUACUGUAUUACAACAGUCAUUUAUCACUGUCAUGUCUCUUGAUAAUAUCACAAUGUAACAUAUCAUUCUAUGUAAGUAUGGCACAUAUUAUUUCUUUCAAAAUGAUACAGACAAUAUUGAAUAGGAAUAGUGCUGUCUGUCAUUCUAGCAUGUAAUGUACCACUUCAUCAAAAACUCAGGAAUCAUGCUUUUGUGUUCCAUCCCUUUAGGUUUAUCAACAUACAGAUGAAGUCUGUUAAGUUUGAGGAUUCACUGUUUGAAGAUUGUUACUUUGAGGACAUAAAGUCCACUGAAACAAUCUUUGAGAACUGCACCAUCAGAUCCACCGUCUUCUAUAACACAGGUGGGAACCAUUAAACAGAGAUUGAACUUUUUCAAAAAUCAAGUCCUGCGCAAUAUGAAUGAAGAAACAUAAUGACAAUACAGUAUGUAGUGCAUUUCAACAUCAUCAAUUACCAUUGCUAUGUUUCACUGAAAACAAACAGUACAUAUUGACCAGUGGACUGAGAAUUGCAAAGCCAUGAAUGUUUCUCCACGUACACUAUUUAUGUUAUAUCGUUGGCAUUGUCACGUUUCCUCCAGAUCUGUACGAGGAAAGGUUCAUAGACUGUAGACUGGAGAACACCACAUUCCUCCAUAAUAAGAAGGGCUGUCACCUGGACAUCGACGAGGAGAACGACGUGCUCAUCUACCUGGUCAGCUUCCUGGGGUCCCUGGCUGUUCUACCCGGCAACAUCAUAUCAGCUCUGUUCAUGGAGAAGAUAGGCAGAGUCAAAAUCAUAGGCGAGUUGGUCUGUACAAUGGUAAUAGGUUUCUUUGAUUUUAACUGUAUUGGUUCUUACAAUGGACAGGUAGGACAAGUGUGGAUUCUGUGUAGAGCAGCAGCUCAGCUAUUGUUCUGACAUUCUGCUCUUCGAUUGUCAGAUGAGAAAAGUGCGAGCAUAGAGAUGUAUAUGGGUGUGAGCCUUGAAAUAUGAUCAAGGAACAUCGAAGUGUGAUUUAAUCUUACCGCACACCUCACGGCUCCAUCUCCCUCUACACAUGAUGGGCCAGUGCCACUGAGCUCACUGCUUCCUAAUGUGAGCCCAAUCUGCUCCUCUCUUUGCAGGCCUCUCCAUGCUGAUCUCAGCUGGGUGCACCUUCUUCCUGUUCCUGAGCUUCAGUCAGGCGGCCAUCAUAGCCUGGCAGUGUCUGUUCUGUGGGGUCAGCGUGGCAGCGUGGAACGGCAUCGAGGUCAUCACAGUGGAACUCUACCCAGCCUCCAAAAGGUACAGUACAGCAAUCUGGAAAUCAGACAUUAAUUUAUUAGAUAGACCUAUCUAAUUUAUUAUAUUGUGCCUAUUGGAAAUAGAUAGUUGAUAUGAUAUGAUAUUGUAUUAUUUGCUUUAUACUGUUAAAAGUAUGUCAACCCAUUAUCAUCAGUUACUGAAUCAAAUGGAUGUAAAAAAUGUCCCCUGUGGUGUAUUUAACCUAUGUCCCUAACCUCCUCCCACAGAGCCACAGCGUUCGGGGUGUUGAAUGCCCUCUGUAAGCUGGCGGCCAUCCUGGGCACCUCCAUCUUUGCCUCCUUUGUGGGGGUCACCAAAGUCGUCCCCAUUCUCCUCUCCUGCACUGCUCUGGUGUGUGGAGGCCUGGUGGCCCUCAAGCUGCCCGAGACCCGGGAGAAGAUCCUCCAGUGAGGAGGUCAUACUGGCCAAAGGUCAAAGGUCACAGGAGCAAGGAGCUACCUUUACAGGUAGAGUUUCUCUGAGAGACACACAGGCAUUAUGCAAGAUUGGCUGUAACCAACAGGAGUUGACAAGAGUUUGUUCCACCAACAUAGAGAUCCUUUAAUUACAAGCUAACUAACAGUGUUCUUCAUUGUCUGUUCUGUCUCACCAGUUAUGAAGUGUUUGGAGUGAAAUGCUUUAAAAUCAACUCCAUAUCUAAAUUAUUAUUGGGACCAAAUGGGAAUUUUUCUCUAAUUCAAUCGCUUAUGUAUCGGUCUAUAAAUCAUAAUUUGCCCCAUUAAUGUACGAUAUUGUCGACCUGAGACGCAAGAUAAGAAUUGGAAAAUAUGUAAACCUCUUGAUAGAGACUUUGGUAACCAGAAACAGAUUUCUGUUCAAGGGAAUGUUUCUCCAGUGCCAUUUUGAAUUCAGAUACUGUUGUUGUUUUGUUUUGCUAGAAUUAUGUUUUUUAAAUCUUGGCCCUGCCUCAAUUAAUCAUUCUCAACUCAAACCCUCUACAUUCUCUCCAAAAUGUAAACUCUAUUGACUGUAGUGUAGCAUUCCCUCCAUGUAUUCUCGUCUUGUGUUUCAAUGUAGUGGGAGGACAGCAAAUAUCCUUCACCACAUCUAUACUGUAUUUUUGAAUCAUUACCUUUAGUUGAGUGUUAGAGGUUAUAGUCCAUCAACCAGGGGUAUAUUCAGUAGGUCGCCAACUAGGGAACAACAUACAACUGCAAUUUACUGCGGUAUUCUCCAUCAAAUUGAGGAGAUAACGAAUUUGGCCAUUCCAUUCUAAUCUUAUUUUCUGACAUGCUCUGAAAAUGUAAUCCUGCUGAAUAUGCACCUGGAAUCAAACCACAAUAGAUUAGAUUUUUGCAUUCCAAUUUUCCAAUUGCAACUUCAUUCAGCAAACUGGUUGGUCCUUCAGUGUGUUUGUGUGCUUUCUUGUAAAUGUUCUCAGUUUCAGCCUCCAUGUUACUGUACUGUUUCAUUAAUGUCUUGGGCUGUGGUUUAUUUGUGUUGUCUAUGCGAUGACAUCCUUAGUUUUUCUGUUGAAGUGGUACCACUUCAGGCGGCAGGUAGCUUAGUGGGUAAGAGCGUUGUGCCAGUAACCGAAAGGUCGCCGAGCCGACUAGGUGAAAAAAUCUGUCUAUGUGCCCUUAAGCAAGGCACUUAACCCUAAUUGCUCCUGUAAGUCGCUCUGGAUAAGAGUGUCUGCUAAAUGACGUAAAUGUAAAAUGUACCACAUAGGAAUACAACUUUUUUUUUAUAUGUGGGGGAAAUGCUCUUAUUGCAUUGGGGAUAGGAGAUUCACUGAAGCACACAGUGCUGUUACUGUUAACUGUCUACUGAGUUGCAUGUGUGUGUUAGUAAUGUUUCUGUGUCUUUUUCAUGUGUUGUUCAAAAAGCAAGUAGUCUGAAUGAUGAUUACUGUCUGUGUGUGUCACUGUAAUUAACUGACUGGAUUGUAGCCUGUACCAGCUUGAAUUAACAAUCACUUUAGUUAGUUUAAGCAUUUCUUAGCUGUUUCUUGUCAAGUAUUGAGGAGCCAAUCGCAUUUCUUUCCAAUACAAAACAAGACAAUUAUUUCUGUCAUACUAACAAUCGAACAGUUACACAAACUGAGGCUUUGCUGUUGAAACACUAUUUUGCAUUUUACUAUCCUUAUUGUAUCUAUACUAUAUUCACACAAUAACAUAACAUAUUUCAAAAUAGAGAAAGUUACAAAGCAAGAAUAAAGGUGAUGUUGAAUUAUCCUUUUUCAAAAUGUAGAUUUGGUUUCCUUUAGUUAGUCUAUAGAACAUCUGUACCAUUAUAUGUAGGUACGUAGACACAAUUAUUGCCAAUACAUUGUGUAAUACCUGUUAUACCGCUCUUGAAAACAUACACUGAUUUGUUAUCAAUUGAGCUGCAGGAAGUGAUCAGCCUUAACUGAAUGCAAGGAUUCUGUCGAGCAGUAAGGUACGUGGUGUUUUCAGUAAAACCUUGUUUCGUUCUCAAGCAUCUUUUUGAGCUGCACCACCACUGUUAUCAAGGGAUUGGCUUAUGAAUACACUUCUUGGGUGUUUUACUUCUCUGAGUUAGUUUGUCUCUGCGUCAUUGUAAAACAGAAAGCCAUACUUUGUUCUUUGUUUUUAUAUUUUUCUCUCAAAAUAUUGUCUGUCAUGAAAAAAAAUAUUUUGCAUACAUUUUCUGUUUUGGGAUUUUGUGACUGUGAAAAGAUGAAACACAUCAAAUAAAUCUAUUAGUGUACUGUAC